AUGGUUACACGGGUCGCAGAACCGACCACAAUUCGUCAAGUACAGCGUCAUGGAAAUGUGACCAGGCCAGACCCUGGUACUGGAAUUAAAUUGCAUUUCAAAGAUUCGAAGGGUAAAUUGUUGAAGACCAUCGAAGCGAACGAGGGGGAUGAUAUCCUAUCACUUGCGCAUGAACAUGAUAUCGACCUAGAAGGCGCAUGUGAAGGGUCAGUUGCUUGUUCGACGUGUCAUGUUGUUCUCUCGCCCGAGCAUUAUGAUUUACUCCCCGAGCCAUCUGACGAUGAAAAUGACAUGCUCGAUAUGGCGUUCGGUUUAACUGACACUAGUCGACUCGGGUGUCAAGUGCAUGUAACUCGCGAGAUGGACGAAAUGACAGCGACACUGCCUAGUGCGACACGGAACAUGUUUGUGGAUGGGAAGAAGCCCACGCAUCAUUGA